UCAACGACGACGGCGGCCUCAUCCCUGCUCAAGAUGGCGGACGAGGGGCAGCAGCAGCAGGGGGAGGAGGAGGAGGCGGCGGCGACGCCGGCAGCAGCGGCGGCGGCGCGGGCAGCCGCUCAGGCCAAAGCGCGGCCCAAGAAGAUCCAGUUCGCGGACCAACUGCAGGAGCUGAGCAAGCGGCCCAUGAAGACGGGAGUGGCCGCGUUCUCGCGCUCCAUCUCGCAGUCUUCGGCAGACAGCUACAGCUCCGCGUCUUUCUCAGAGAGCGAGGAUGAGGUUUCCCCGAGGGAGAAGCGACAGUCGAACUCCAAGAGCAGCUCAGACUUCUGUGUGAAGAACAUCAAGCAAGCCGAGUUCGGCCGCAGAGAGAUUGAGAUUGCCGAGCAAGAGAUGCCGGCUCUGAUGGCGCUGAGGAAGCGAGCCCAGGGGGACAAGCCCCUGGCUGGAGCCAAGGUGGUCGGCUGCACACACAUCACGGCGCAGGCGGCGGUGCUGAUAGAGACUCUGUGUGCCCUCGGGGCGCAGUGUCGCUGGGCAGCCUGCAACAUCUUCUCCACACACGAUGAAGUGGCGGCUGCGCUUGCGGAGUCCGGCUUCUCGGUGUUUGCUUGGAAGGGAGAGGCAGAGGAUGACUUCUGGUGGUGUAUCGACCGCUGCAUUAACGUAGAGGGCUGGCAACCGAACAUGAUCCUGGAUGACGGCGGGGACCUCACCCACUGGAUGUACAAGCAGUACCCGUCAAUGUUCCGCACUGUGCGGGGCAUCGUGGAGGAGAGUGUCACGGGCGUGCACAGGCUGUACCAGCUGUCCAAGGCCGGCAAGCUGUGCGUGCCAGCUGUCAAUGUUAAUGAUUCGGUCACCAAGCAGAAGUUUGAUAACCUGUACAGCUGCCGGGAGUCCAUUCUUGAUGGUCUCAAACGGACAACAGACAUCAUGUUUGGCAGUAAGCAGGUGGUGGUGUGCGGAUAUGGAGAGGUGGGCAAGGGGUGCUGUGCGGCGCUGAAAGCGCUGGGUGCCGUGGUUUACGUAACGGAGAUGGAUCCAAUAUGUGCCCUGCAGGCCUGCUUAGAGGGCUACCGGAUUGUGAAACUCACGGAGGUCGUGCGUCAAGCAGACAUCAUCAUCACCUGCACAGGCAACAAGAACGUGGUGACGCGAGAGCACCUGGACCGGCUGAAGAACGGCUGCAUCGUGUGCAACAUGGGCCACUCCAACACGGAGAUCGACGUGGCGAGUCUGCGCAGUCCUGAUCUCACGUGGGAGCGAGUGCGAGCUCACGUGGACCAUGUGACUUGGCCCGAUGGAAAGCGCCUCGUUCUGCUGGCCGAGGGCCGUCUCCUGAACCGUAGCAGCUCGAGUGUGCCCUCGUUUGUGCUGUCCAUCACAGCCACCACACAGGCGCUGGCUCUAAUUGAACUGUACAAUGCUCCAGACGGACGCUACAAACAGGAUGUGUAUUUGCUGCCUAAGAAGAUGGACGAGUACGUGGCGAGUCUGCACCUGCCAACAUUUGAUGCUCAUCUCACAGAGCUCACAGACGACCAAGCCAAGUAUCUGGGGAUGAGCAAGAAUGGGCCUUUCAAGCCAAACUAUUACAGAUAUUGACGCAGACCAAGAGGUGGAGCUAACGCCAGGCCGGGCAGCGGAGCGACCUCCUCGGCACGGUGUGCUGCGUCGGCGACCGUAAUCAUGAGCCCCCUGGUGGUGGUUACAAUCAUUCAGCUUAGUGUAACCACCUUCCUCACGCAGCCUCGUCCCCACCGGGGCACCACUGACGCCUACUGUGCUAGUACAAUAGAGAGGUUUGUGUGUUUUUUUUUAUUUGCCAGGACAGAAGACGUGUGUGUGUGUGUGUGGAACACUAUUGAAUAUGUGUUGAAUGAAAACCCCUUCAUCUUUACUGCCAGGACAAAGUGGGUGGCCGGACAUCACCAGACACAUUUGAACCAAGUUAAAUGAAUGUGUUUAUUAUCUCAACACUCAUUCAUGGAGUUGUUGAAACAACCCAAUAUAGGACCACAGAGCUUAGGCAAUUGUCAAUUCUGGCUGCCUUCCUUUCUCGUCUGGGGUUUCCCCGCGCCUUCGCGUUACCGAUUCUGCGACGUCCUGACGCGAUGUGCACCCGUAACGACGCUUUAUACAAAUACAAUAAUUAUCAUUCCUAUUCUCACUCAAACAGCGACAUUUCAUCACAUUUUCAGGGACUAUUACGAAUAUGCAGCAAUGCUUAGUAGUGGAAAAAAUAUUUUAUCAUCGAACGUUUUCACAAAGUGAAAAUGCCUGACCGGGUGUGUUCACGAUUUCGCGGUUAGAUGGAGCACAGCGACGUGCGCAUGUUGUCGUAGAGAGUAGUGUCGCCUUAGCGUGCGUCUCCGUUUCAGUGCUAGCGCUGUGUUUCGCAUUGAGAAGCGAAUUGACUCUUCUGUCAAUGCAAGCUAAGGGCAAAUCAAGUCGCCCUUCUCCCCUGCCAAAAGGGUCAGUGUCUGCCGACGUUACACAAGGUGCGAUUUGUCACAUUUCCAGUGUGUACGUAUGUAAAACUUCUUUCGCACCGUACGUAGACAGCUGUGGUAACCGGAGGUGCGGGCAAAGGACAACAAACUAAGUAUGUAUGUGUGCUGCACUUCUUUCGCACCGAACGUAGCCAACCGUGCUAAUCAGAGGUGCGGAGAAGGACAACAAACUAUGUAUGUAUGUUGAACCUUGGCACCUUACGUAGCCAACCGUGCUAAUCGGAGGUACGACCGGAGGCCUUUGUGCAAUAAUAGAUUGACACAUAACUGAUAGUAACAAUAAGAAUUAUUACACACAUAGCAAGUGAAUUAUCUUGCCUUACUGUGGGAUACGCACUUUGAAAUCAUUAUACUGAUGCAUAUUAGCUUGGGAAGCUUCGCAGAGUCUCAAGACACAAUUUCUGCAGGAUCCUGCUACAUUAGGAUGUUUGGUUAAUUCCAGCAGUGCGAGGUUUGGCUUCUUGUGAGAGGUAAACAGAGAACCUGGAGAAAAGCCAGCACAGAGGAGUGGAUCACACUCAAAGCUCCACCCAGAUGGAUUCAAUAAUCCAUUGCUGUACUGCCAUCUUCUCGCCAGCCCCGACACUACAGCACCUGCUAUUCCCAAGCACCCUCGCGCUCGACCACGAUCCAGGCUCUCGGCCCGACUGCUGGCGGCAAUGUCCAGUCACUGAGCGCAGCGGUCCCCGAAGUGACGAGCAGCACCGAGGGAAACACGCACCCUCCCAUCACAUCACCCCCCAUCUCCCUACCCCAUCACAUCACCCCCUAUAUUCCCAUCACCACCCCACUAUCACCUCCGCCCCCCCCCCCCUCCGUCCCAUCAAAUCGCACCUUGCACGUUGGUUAGCCGCACGCUGGAAUUGCAAUCCAGAGGUCGCCAUUUCCAUGCAGUCUCGCGGUUGGUGCGACAGGUGAUACAAUGGGACAAGUUUCUCUUAUCCCUCCCUGGCCGUUUCAAUCUGGCCAGCAGUAUAAAUAGGCGCACCACAGUCGAUUUUGGCAGGUCGCGUGUGUUGGGGUAAAUUGUGGUUACGCCCACCUCUUCCAAACACGCCUGAUCGGCGUGGACAAGCAGAUCAAUACCAUUCGAGAAUUGCCUCGAGCGGAGGCCAUUCUGCCAAGCAGUGGCGUGAGCGCGCAAUUGCGCGCAUCUCUCCUCGUCAGCCAAUAGCCAGCUGUAGCCUUGUCCGUGCAGCAGGGUCCUGCGUGAGUCCACUGUUCGCCAUCUGUUGUGCGCGCACACGAGGGAAUCGCCGCCACCUCCCCAACAUUACCACAGCCCCGUGGCUGCAGCUCCGCACGAUCCGUAGUGGAUUUAAAUCGCCCGAGUCCACUCUGUUUAACGCGCGGAAACUGCCGGAUGCAGUGGAAUAAUUGCAGCGUAUCAAUUGUGACACUUUGUUUACCCAGAAAAGCCUCACUGAGGGCCUCGAGACUUCCUCCGGAGGGUCCUAUCGUGUUUUCGCAGUGUCGGGCAAAGUCGCGCCGUAUUUCCCAGUUGAGUAGGUUUCAGAGUAAUUUUUCAUAAUUGGGAUAUGCUUCUGGGCGCCCCUGACACGGACGCGCUCCAACACUGAAGCUUGAAAACCCAGGUCUAGUCCUAGCUUCCCGGGAUGAAAGUGGAGCCCCUUUCAGACAUCCACGUGUGCAGGGGCAGCAAUCCGCAGCGCUUUGGUAACGCGUUAUCCGCCGGUUUGCUUCCAGUGCCAAAUUACAUUCACAUUCUGUCACUCGGGGGCGCGCCUCAUAACUCCCGCUUAGAGGUUCUGUGUCAUGCGUGUGCACCUUGGCAUAACGCGUUCUACACUAACGAUUACCAGUGGAGAGUUCAUGCAGCUCAAUUGAGGCAUUGGUACUCGUCCACCGUUUACAGCCCUACAGAGCCGGUGGUGGAAGUUCCACGUUUACCACGAUGGAGGCGAGUCUCUCCGUAGGAUAACCACUGGUAGACUUCGCAACACAGUUGUUGAUGUUUUACAGACCCGGAACGGAUGAUGGGCCGAGUCAACCCGCCGCCCCCAAACCGCAAUGUGAACUCGCAACAUUCAGAUUGUGAGCCACGCUCUGAGCCACCGGGCUCGUUUCAAUGGCCAGCAAAUUGCAUAUUUCUACACGUCCAAAAUCGUGGCCCAACGCACCGAACAAUAUACCCAGCGCUUCUGCUAGACCCCCACAUCUGGUAUAUAAUUGACACCUAAGCUAAGCUCUGUGCCUCCUGCAGUAAUUCACUGCACAAAAACCCUCCACCGUGAAAAUUACAUUCGCAUCUCCCUGUAGGAUGACAUCGCCCUGCGCACACACUCGGGGAAAGCGGUGUGGCCCCUUGCGAAUGUGGCGCGGCUUGGCGUGUGACGGUGAAUCCGUGGGGUCGCAGUGGGUGCAGUGCUGGGCGGGCGGGUCGGGCGCGCACCUUCGGCAACUCGGCUUGCUUUGCGUUGCGACAGAAUCGCGAUUGCGCGGGCGUUUUUGCAACCAGAGACGCGAGUUCCAAAGCUUGGGUCGCGAUUUAAACGACGUAGGCAGACAUCUGCGUGCCACGGGAAUGGCGUGUGGGCCCGAGUCCUGGCCGCAGGUCGCCUUGGCCGCCGUGACGGCGCGCGCAGCUCUUGUCACAAGGCGCGCCAGGGAUGUGGGUGGGUUGCGUUUCGACGCUCGGGGAUUUCGCAUUGCAAACGCUUGAUAAUGGACUCGUCAAUAGCGCCGUGGUCCUGAAUAUGAAAAGUGUAUACUGUACUGGAUUAGGCGACGUUUCGGGCAGUGGCCCUUCACAGCACACACGGUUAAUGUGUUGCACAUCCAGCGCGCUCGAGGCAAAGGGACGCUGGCUUUAUUGGUUCGCCCCUAAAAAGAAAAGGACAAUGACAUGAACCGCGACGUGUGUACACCAGAGCCGUGUUGGAGCGAUUCCGGUCCCAUUUGCGUGCAACCACUAAAUACCAACGCCUCUGUUUACGGGCAAGAAUCAAACGCGCCACGAUGCGCAAAGGUGCGAUUUGGGGUGGGAGGGGGAGGGUAUCAAUUUGCCCAAAAUGUUUAAUUAUCACGAUGAUUGCGUAAAAAUCGGAAAUACUUCCCGUCGACAGUGUCUCGCGUCAUGAGGAUCUUGACGAGUACAGUUCCGUUGUUACUGUGUCUGCAAAUAAACACGGCUAUUGCACUCGCGCGUAAA